GAAGAAAGGAAGAAAAUUAAUUUCCAAAGUGAGCUGCAAAUACGCGAAGACUUUCAGCGAAGCGCCGCUGUGUUCUCAGGCGGCUCUUCAAGACUCACCCAGUUUCUGCAAACCGGCCAUUUAGGGAAGUUGGUAAACAGAUAAGUGCCGAUUAGGAUUCUGGCUAAUGCAGCGUACCAAAACUGUGAAUAUAUUUAUUCGUGACGGUAAUUCUGAAGCCUUGAUAACUUUCACUGUGUUAUUUAUUGUUUAAUAUAUCUACACUUGACGGUCAUUCUCAGAUUCUGAAGUCCUGUUAACUUUUCCUGUGGUAUUUGUUGUUUACAUCUUAGGGGCACUCGUGACGAUGCUAACAUUUUCUUCUGUUAAUUGUCAAAGUUUGCCUUUUAACAACAUCGUGGAAGUAUACGUCUACAGCGAGUGUAGGGCAAGAUAAUCAACAGUAAUAAAUAUCUGGCAGAGAUUAGAUAGUUCCCGUGAAAAGCUGCUUCCAGUAAAACAGGCCGAAAAACUAAGAUUAAAGGCGAUGGAAACGACGACCAAUGACGAGGAGCGACGUGAUAGUGUAACGAUUGAAAACCCGGAUCCACAAGAAGAACUCACUGCAAGUUCUCCGACAAUGGAGCAUAACGAAGAGGAGGAAAUAAAGAAUAUCGAUGACGUCGAGACUAGCGACCAGCCCGAGGUAUUCGGGGGUCCAUCGCCAGGACAUGACCGUCAACCAGAGGGUGAGGUUGAGCCGAGGCACGACGAAUGUGUCAAUAUGCCACCGGACUUUACCGAAGAAGAUAUUGAACCGGAAAGCCAGUCAUCACCGCCACCAAGAAAAAUGACAAAGAUGCAGAAAAUUGCUGCACAUCUUCCUAACCUGCCUUUCCUUAGCGCAAUGCGCUCGGGAACUUACAUUGUGAACGAACCCCAAGGAACCGACAACGGCUUAGUGUCUGGCACGGAUCAGGAAGUUGUUGAAACAAAGAUGGCUAACGAACCAGUCGAACAACAGCAGCAACAACAGCAGCAACAACAACAGUCUGAGCAAACAAAGAUAAAACCUAGAGAGAAAACACACUCUGUUUACAAGUCGGCUAUUACAAAGCUGCUAUGUGGUUUGUAUUGCCUCCUGCUUGUUGUCUUCGGGAUUGUGUUUUCCAUUGCAAAUGCUCUGACAGUGAAGGAGAGAGAACAUAAAUACUACCUCGAGAUAUUCUUGAUAUACCUGUACCUCGUGGCUCUGGUCAUCCUUCUGUACUUCCAAAUAUGGAUUCUACGCGGAGUGAAGCUGCGGCAGAAUUACUUCGACACCAACUUGAGAGUGGUGAUUCGUCGCAGCCAGGACAACAUUCAGCUGUCUCCAGGGUUGGGGAGAAAGGGGGAGGACCAACAGGCCGAAGAUCCGGCAGAUGCCGACCGCAAACAGAAGGACUCAUUGGAGAGAAAUCAGAAAGAACUGCUUGACCAUGUGUCCACCGACAGCAUUGCCUCGGUCCAAAGUCAGUUUGUAGUUCCUGGUGAAGGCCAGGUGGCGCAUGUUGGUGAAGGCAUCAACUUCUACCUCAGGCUUGGAGCACUUGCUUUCAGCAUUGGAAGUGUAACACUUGAUGGAUUUCAUAUUGCUUCCUACUUUGAGACGGACAACACGUCGACUUGUGAAAGUGAGAUUUACACUGUGGUGUAUGUCCUCCAUCUUAUCUUCACGUUUGUCCAGACCUUCUUUCUGUUCAAAAACCACAAGCUGGUGAUUGACAAGAACAAGGCGUCGGUGAGAUUUGGCUUGAUGCAUCUUCUGGCCGCCAACAUGUGUGUGUGGUUUGUUACUGCGGUGACCGAGACAUCCGAGGAUUUCCGACAACAAGACUUUGACUACAGGCUAGCUCACAACAUUUCCACUCGAAAAAGCUGCUACGAGGAAGUGACUCUAGCUCGCACUGCUUCACCCUAUCUGUUCCCCAGCACCAUCAUCUACAGCAUCAUUGCUGCUGGCAUCAUCUACAGGAUGUACACAUAUGUUGGGGUGAAGGUCACCCAGCGGUGGCCGAGUCACACCUCGCUGACCUCGUCGGUUCCUCAUGGCGCUGCAUCGAUGGACUGCGAGAAGGCCAACAAGGGUCUGUUCACGGGGCUGCUGAUUGCCGUCAUCACUCUGAUCGCCAUCGCCACAUUCUUCGUGUUCGAGAGUCGGCUCAAGGAUCCGGUCACUGCCAUUCAGGUGUUCUUCAUACUGGAAAUCACUCUCCUGCUCAUCACGGGAUGCAGUAUUAUCUUUGGCCACAUCCGACUCGCCGAGUUAAGAUUCCAGGAAAACUUCUUCCUGUCCUUGGAUUCAGUCCUGCUGGUUAUCUCCCUUGGAGGUGCGUACUGUUAUCUUGCCUUUAUGCUCAUCUCGGCUGGGUCAAUGAUUUCAAGUUUUGGACUUUCCAGCAUUCUCUCCCUUGUUGUCAUCUGCGUCGCUCUCAUCCAGACCACCAUGCAGGCAAUAUUUAUUCUGGAUGGUUUGUGCAGGUGUGCUGAAAACGACACUCAAGUGGAGAGAAAGCCCGGUCGCUCUCUGGUUACCUUCAUGCUGGUCUGCAACCUGGCUCUCUGGGUUGUCAGUAUGUUUGAGAUCAAGAAAACGAUGGUCGUGCCUUUUCAUGAAAGAUUCUACGGAAUUCUUAGCUGGAACGUCAUGCUUCACACUUGCGUUCCACUGUUCAUCUACUUUCGUUUUCAUUCAGCCAUCUGUCUGUCUAAAAUGUGGUACCAGUGUUACCAAAAAGAGAAAAUGAUUUAGUUUGUAAGUACAAGACUCUGAGUAAGGUCAUUGACAGGCAGCUAUCAUCUCUUUAAUGACAUUGGAAAACCGCAUGAAAGGACAGAUGAAAUAUUAUGAUUGACAUGAAUAGUGCAGGGACUUGAUGUUGUCAUGCUGAAAUUUCUUCUCUUUUUUUUUCUUUUUUUGUGUUUGUAAAUACCAAAUGUAUCAAAGUGAAAUUUCAAGAAGAUGUGUUUCAUUCAACAUGUUUUGGGACUCAGUUGACAAAUAUUGUCCAUUUAAGUGCCUUCUAAAAUGCAUAUUUUAGAUACAUCUCAUUACUUAGGUUUUAACUGACAAACUCAAAUGGAAGAUGCUUUCAGCAGUGGUACAGAUUUUGCAUAUUGCAACUCUGGAGUGAAGAAUGGUUAUUUGAUAAUUGUAAGAAAACUGUUCUUGGUUUAUUUUCUUUUAAAUAUUAUUUACAUUAUAAUAUUGAAAAUUUGUCAAGGAAUAUGAAGAAACAAUUGAAAUUAAUUAACAUGCAGUUUCUUAUUUCAACAACUCCUUCAGACAGAUGAAUCUAAUGCUACUUUAAAGACUUGUGCAUCCCCACAUUAUUAUUAUUAGUGUGUACUAAGCCUGGAAGUAAGUGUCCUGUUACUGACAUUGACAGGUACAAAUUUAUUUGUCAAGCUUUAAUUGACAGUCUGACACAAAAUGAAGUAUUUCUGUGUUGAAGCAUGUAUGUUUUAAAAUGCAUAUUUAAAAUAAUUUUUCACCAUAUCAUGUUGUAAGCACAUUGCUAAUAGAACUGCUGCUAGAAUGUCUUCACAGUAAACACAUUGCUCAUAGAACUAUUGCUAGAAUAUCUUCACGUUUUCCCAGGAAAGAAAAAUGUUUACCAUGUCUAUUAAAAGACCCAAGCAUGCCUGAUGCAGUGACAAAUUUAAUUUUUCAGUUGUAAUUUUUUUUGUUCUGCUUGACUGCAUGGAAUAAUGUCAACUGUAGUUCAUGUCCAAAUGAAAUUGCAAUAUUUCGGAAAGUCUAGCUAAACGUCAACUUGUUUGAUGAUCCACAAAACUCUUCCCCCACCAACCCUAGCCAAGUACAAUGUACUUACAAAUGGCAUAAUUCUAUCCACAUUUGAUUGUAGUUGUUUAUUUGACAGUUUUAUUUCUUUUUUUAUAUAUUUAAUAGUACCAUAAACAGAAUACUACAAAGACUUUUACCUCAAUCCAAACCACUGUAAACUGAAUACCCAUUGAAACCAGAUUUUACUUUGGGCCCAAUUUGGCCCAUGGGUGUACUGUUUAGAGGGGUUUUACUGUAUCAUAUAACUAUGUGUAUAUAUAAUAGUACAUGAUAAAUAAAGGACAUUAUCACAUUUGGUGACAGGCACAUUUUCAUUCAGGACAGGCUCAAAUUGACGACAUAGGAUCAUUAUGUGGAGGCACCUCCAAAAACAUUAUUUCCUGGCCUGUGUACGGGUAGAGCAAAUUGAUUGUUGAUAAUGCUUCCAAUGUCCUUUAUUUUCAACAGCUAACUAAUGAGAUUAGAACAGGUGAGAACUGAGCAGACGUGUGACUGUCAACAGACCUCUCGUCACUCGCAUUAAGCAACCUCUUCAAGCCUGUAUGUUAUCCUCACAUUUAUAUCAUGCAAAGGUGGUAAAAUUGUACAAAACUGUAAAAUCCAGUUUUUCAUUUGCUGUUUUAUUGGAGAAAGAAAUUAAGAAAUGUUCCAAGAUAACAUUGAUUUAAAUAAAUCAAGAAUACUGCAAUCAUAACAUUUUCUUCUCCUUGACUUUAUAAUACAGGUAGUAUGUAAUACUAAGAUGGGAAUUUUGACCAAUUUGACAAAAUUCUUGAUAUUUAUUCUUUUUAAAUGGCAUUGUAUAAUACUGUGUAUGUAUCCAUAAACUGUAAUCAUCAUGGUAUUGUCAACGUUUUAUUAAACAUACUGGCAUGUUAUAUUUAAACAUUUUAUACUUUUGUAUAUGCAAUGUAUUCAACAAAGAGUUUGUUUUGAACACUUAAUCCAUUUGCCUUUGUUACAUCACAUUAUAAACAUCCUAGCAGUGGCAGGAUCAUAAAUGCCAUCCACACAAUGUCAAGACUAACAUAACUACAUUAGUUCAGCAUAUACACGAGUUGAAGGACCAACUUCAUGCUCACAAAAUGAAAUUUGAUGUUACUAUGCUACUUUAUCAUACUCAUAAAACUACAAUUUGAAAGUAUUUUUUGUAUGAUCACAGCCAAGCAUUCUUGUCUUUUCAAAAGAUAAUAUGACCAACCAUUACACAUAUAUUUUUAUUAGUUUAAAUUUGUACGAUUCUACAUAUUAUAGAUCCUUAUAUGUUGUAUAAAAAAUUGUAUGCAUAUUUUUACAUUUGUACUUUUAAUAUUUAUCCGAUAUUGGUAUGGUAGCUUAUAGUUAUAAUAUGUAUAAAGUAUUUAGUAGAGUAUUUAGUGUUUUGCAUGAUUGCACAAAAAUACAUGAAAAGCUUAAUCUUGAUCCAUAGCCAAGGUGCCUGUGUGAAAACCUCAAAUUGGUCUGAAAAUACACGGUCUGCUUUUUCCUGGUGUCUUUGUUAUCAUAUACUCCCUGUUUGUAAAUGGAGUCAUUUUUGUAGCAUGUAGGUAACCAGGUGACUACCCUAUGUGUUCAGUAAGCCAUUGUUCAUAUUACUGACUAGGUGUACCACUCAUACCAGUAUAACAUAUAUUUAGAAAAUAAAAUUGCAAAAAAUA